UAUAUAAAGGCGCGGCGAGCUUGCAGUUAUUUUUAGUUUGAGCGGCGCACUGGUCAGAAGCAGUCGCAGUAGAUAACUGUUAACAAAAUGUCUCUAAUCAAAGCGCGACAAAUCGCAUUGGCUGGCGCCAGAUCUGUGCAUGCCGCCACAGCAUUCAACCCGUCCGAUGAUGUUGCUGCUGCGCAGGCGCGUCCCUUUAGCGAGGUGCCGCGACCAAGCACGGUAAAGUUCCUGCGCGGCUUUAUGCCCGGCGGAGAGUUUUAUGACACUUCGUUUUUGGAUUUUGCCAUCACCAUGCGCAAGCGGUAUGGCGACCUCUUUAUUAUGCCUGGUUUUUUUGGACGCAAGGAUUUUCUGGCCACCUUCAAUACCAAAGACAUUGAGACGGUGUUUCGCAACGAAGGUGUUUGGCCAAUUCGCGAGGGCAUCGAUUCAUUGGUUUACUUCCGCGAGAAAAUAAGGCCGGAAGUGUUUGGGGAGUUGAAGGGCCUAAUAGCCGCGCAACACGAGGGCUGGGGCAAGUUUCGAUCGGCUGUGAACCCUGUAUUAAUGCAGCCCAGGGGCCUGAAAAUGUACUAUGAACCGCUGUCCAACAUUAACAAUGAAUUUAUUGAGCGCAUCAAAGAGAUACGCGAUCCACAUACCUUGGAAGUGCCCGCUGACUUUGAUCAGGAAAUAAGCCGUCUGGUUUUCGAGUCGAUUGCAUUGAUUGCCUUCAAUCGUCAAAUGGGCAUCAUACGCAAGAACCGUGAUAAUCCCGACGCCUUGGGUCUGUUCAAAUCGUCACGACAGAUAUUUCAGCUUUCCUUUAAGCUGGACAUACAGCCCUCACUUUGGAAAUUCGUGUCCACCCCCACCUUCCGUAAACUGAUGCGCAUUCUUAACGAGAGUGUGGAUAUUUCACAGCGUCUGAUUGAGGAAGCCCGGCUGGAGGAGGAGCGGCGACUACAGUCUGGAGAUAAGAGCGUCAACAACAGCAUGAUGCAGCGACUGAUAAAUAUUGAUCCCAAGGUGGCAGUCGUUAUGGGUCUGGACUUGCUUUUAGCCGGCGUGGAUGCAUCUAGCACAUUUUUGGGUGCCCUGCUGCUGUGCCUGAGCAAGAACCAGGAUAAACAGCACAAGCUACGCGCUGAGCUGCUGCGAGUGAUGCCAACCAAAGAAACGAUUCUGGAUGAGGAGAGUAUGAAGGAUAUGCCAUAUCUGCGUGCCGUUAUCAAGGAGGCCCUGCGCUAUUAUCCCAACGGAGUGGGCACCUUCCGCAUCUGCACAACGGACGUUACCCUUUCUGGUUAUAAUAUACCCAAAGGUACACAGAUUUUGCUCGGUUCGAAUGCUCUGAUGAAGGAAGAAGCGUAUUUUCCACAAGCAAACCAGUUCCUGCCCGAACGUUGGCUGCGUGAUCCCGAGACGAACAAAAAGAUAGAUGUCACUCCGUUUACCUACCUGCCCUUUGGCUUCGGGCCUCGCAUGUGCAUUGGCAAGCGUGUGGUGGAUCUAGAAAUGGAGACCUCGCUGGCCAAAUUAAUACGCAACUUCCAUGUAGAGUUUAACUACGAUGCAUCCAAGCCAUUCAAAUCAUUAUUCCUUAUGGAGCCAGCCAUCCCGUUCCGCUUCAAGUUCACCGACGUGGACAAGUAAUGCGAACCAACAAGCCAAAGCCUUUGCCUAAGAUUGUACAUAUAUUAUUUAGUCAAGCAAUUCCUGAAGUACUUAAAGUAUAUAAAAACUAUGUUUAACAUAAGUA